UGCCAUCACAUGAAAAGAAUUACAGUUUAUAACAGAAAACUGUUAUUUUAAGUUGUUAAAAUAUUUCAAAAUUGUAGUAAUUUUACUGUAUUUUUGAUCAGUUAUGAAGCUUUGGCGCGCAUAAGAGACUACUUUCAAAAACAUUAAAACCACCUAUGCUAAUUUUAUAUCUGUGAAAUACUAAAGCAGAGUAGAAGCUGUAAAAUCUGUCACAUCUGAAUCAUGAACCAUAAAACAAACUCAGAUUAGCAUGAAAGCCGGAAACUUAACAUCAUAACCUCCUUUAUGACCUCCCCUCAUUCCAGAAUGAAGACAGAAGCUCUUCAGGCACUCUCUGCCAUCAUGAGUCUUCAAAUGCAGUUAUGUUUUUUGUUUCUCAUUUACAUUUUUUGUAAAGUGGAUGGAAAUGUGAAAAUUCAACAGAAAACCGCAUUGAUCAAAUCUGUGGACAAGACAGUUGUUAUAGACUGUAUUUUUCCAUCAGACUGCAGUAGCUACAUUCACUGGUAUCAACUAAAAGAGAACCAGACCUUAAGAAGAAUAUUAUAUUCAUCAAUUUCAGAUGGAGCCACAAAUAAUGAUGCUGGUUUUGAAUCAUUUAAAGUUGAUAAGAAACAGUCAAAUUUGGCUCUGAAAAUACCUGAACUGAAAGAAGAGCACUCAGCGGUGUAUUACUGUGCCUGCUGGAUCUCGGGUGGCACAAAAGUCUUUGGUCCGGGUACUCGACUUUAUGUUACAGGUAAGACUGAGUCACCAAAAGUGUCUGGAUACCUACCGUCAAAGAAAUACAGUGACAAAGAUGGCAAUCAGACAAUGUUAUGCCACGCAAGAGACAUGAUUCCUGACUUGGUGAAAUUCACAUGGCAAAAAAUGAGCAGAACAAAAGAGUGGGAGGAUGUGAAGGAAAAUGUUGUGGAACAGAGUUACAAAGUUAAAGAAAAUAAUCAAGUUAAAGUUAAAGCCGUGACAAGUAUGAUGAUUAUAGAUAAAAACACGGCCGAAAACAACGACUACCAAUGCAUUGUUACCCAUGAGGGAGUCAAUGAGAAACCUCAAAUUCUUUUAAUGAAGAAAGAUGAAAUUAAGCCGACAAUGGUUUCUAAGAAGCAAGAUUGUCCACCCACUGAUGAGACCAUAAAAAAUCAAAUAUCAGGAGAUUCGGAACAAAUACGCAGUCUGUACAUGUUUGUCUAUGCAUAUGGUGUCAUGAUCAUGAAGAACGUAAUGUAUUUUUGUGUUGUGACAAUCUUUCUAUUAAAGAGAAAAGCUGCAAGAAAGAAAGAUGAAAGCUCUUAGAGAUUUAAUGCUAAGAUAAGAUAAAUAUCAAUUAAGCAAAGGUUUAUUAGCAAGUUUCGCUGACUAAAGAAUAGAUACAUAUCUGCAGCUAUAUUAUCUCUGCUUAACUGUACUGCUUUUACAUUUGUAGUAGAUUUUUUUUGCACAAUUUAUUUUUGCAUAUUUGAAAUGUAUCAUUUAGAUUAUUAAAAAUGUGUAAUGUACCCAAAUUAAAAAAAUGUGUUUUGCA